AGUCUGCACAACACCUCCGCAGCCUCCGCCACACCUCAGCGGCGCUCACCACACACCUCCGCGCCAUGAAGAUCGACACCAAGAGGGGCACCUUCGAUGUCACCGUCCCACCUAAAGGGACCCAGACGGUGAUAGAUGAACCAGUCGACUUCGAAACUGCAAUAGCGCAAACGGGUUUUGGCAGAUUCAACUACAUUCUGAUGGGUGCAGGAUUUUUCUCCACGAUCGUGUGCCUGAUGGACACGACAACCAUGUCUUACAUUCUGCCUCUGGCACAGUGCGACCUGGGCCUCACAGACCUCAGCAAGGGAGCUCUCAAUGCCAUUACCUAUGCGGGCCUGAUCAGCGGCUCGUUCGUGUGGGGCUUCCUGUCGGACACGCUGGGACGGCACCGCCUGCUCGUCAUCAGCCUGCUGCUGGACGGCACCAUCGCCCUCUGCUCCGCCUUCUCCACCUCACUCUGGCUGAUGCUGCUGCUCAGAUACCUCAACGGCUGCAUAUCGUGCGGCGCCCUGUGUAUAAACUUCUCGUUCCUGGCGGAGUUCCACGGCGCGCAGUACCGCAACCGCUGCGUCAUGACCACAGGCAUCUACGUCGGGAUCGCGCAGGUCGCAUUACCAGCGAUAGGGCUGGGGCUGCUGACGGAGACGUGGGAGUACGAGACGGGCGUGCUGACGCUGCGGCCGUGGAACGUGUUCGUCAUGAUGUGCACCGUCCCCUCGCUCGCCGGCGGCCUGCUCAUCUCCUUCUUCCCCGAGACGCCCAAGUUCCUCAUGGCGCACGGCCGCAACGAGGAGGCGCUCGCCGUCAUGCGCAGGAUAUACGCGCUCAACACCGGCAACAGUGCGGACACUUUCCCGGUGCGCCGGCUGGUGGACGAGAUAGCGCAGCGCAAGACGUCGCUGUCCAGCGCCGCCUCCAGCCCCAAGAGCGUGCUGGAGAGCGCGCGCGCCGGCUGGAGGCAGAUCCGGCCGCUCUUCUCCAUGCCGCACCUGCCCUACGCGCUGCUCGUCUUCAGCGUGCAGGCCUGCUGUCUGCUCAGCCUGAACACGGUGCGGCUGUGGCUGCCGCAGAUCUUCACGACGAUGGAGGAGUUCUACGAGGCGCAGCGGCUGCUGGGGCUGGAGGGGCAGGACGCCUACAUGUGCGAGGCGCUCACCUUCCGCGAGCGCAACGCCACGCUGGCCGCGGCCGUCGCCUCCGCGGCCUUCGACACCGCCAGCGGCAACGGCACCGCCGUCGCUUCCGCAGGGGCCGCCGCCUGCGUGCCCGCCCUGACUAGCCCCAAUAUCUACACGAAUUCGAUGAUCGUGUGCGCCUCUGCAACUUUCGCCAUCUUCAUCAGCACAACCCUCGUGAACAUCAUCGGCUACCGGCUUCUGAUCAUAAUCAGCGCUCUGGUGAGCGCGGCGUUCAGCGUGCUAGUGCUGUGGUCGGUCGGUUCGGCGGCGACGCUGGCACUGCUGACGCUCUACCUGGCCACCGUCAACGUGUACGGCGCCUGCAUGGUCGGCGUCGUCGUCGCCAUCUUCCCCACCACGCUCAGGACUAUGGCGAUGUCUCUGACCAUGAUGUGCGGCUUCAUAGCAGCGCUUUUUGGGAAUCUCAUCUACCCUGUCCUCAUGGCGGUCGGAUGUGAGACUCCUUUCUAUGUCGUCACCGCUUGCAACUUAGGAGCUGGACUGCUGAGUAUACUGUUGCCAUCCACCAAGGGUCGAGCCUUGGCCUAAGGACUGCAGCGGAUGUAGUGCAAUAUCCUCUUGAUGCCGCUGCUUUGAGAUAUUCCUCGAGUAUUAAAUGUCGUCGACACGUAAUUUAUUGUGAAACUAGAAUAUUCAACAAUGCAGCCACAUGUCCAAGAACAGGAAACACGCCGAAAAUCACAGAUCAUCGUCACUGAUUUUCCAUUUCUCUGAUGGACUGGAUAUGAUUCAGCACUUUAAAUUACGCUUACAUUAAAUGUCAAGCCUUACAUCUAUCUUUGUCUGAGCAAUAACUUUGCUCAGAAAGAAUGAAAAUACUCUUUCCUCAAAGGUGAAUAAGAUGUAGCACCGUAUUCAGAUGUGAAUAAAAUGUGUUUUAGGUAUUACUUGACCGUUGUAGGAAACUAAUAAUUUGCUGAUAGCUAUAACAAUCGACUAAAAGCGAGUCAGAAAAUCCGAAUCGUAUCAAAUGACAAGCUGAUACGAUAAUUGAAAAUUCUGGCUUGAACAAAAACAUUGGAAUGAGCAAACACACACUCACGGUAAAACAUUAAGAUGUCGAAUAGUGUCUUGGCUCAUAAAUUCCGUCUGCUUGGUAAUAUAGCAUACUAACUGUAAGAUGUGCUCUGAACAAACGCACAAAUUCGAAAUCUGACUUAAGAAAAUCAAUUUGUUUACAACAAAAUAAUAAAAAUGGAUGGCAAGUUUAACUCCUUAGGUCAAAUUUCAAACUUAGGCUCUUAUUCAGAGCAUGUAUACUUACAACACUACGAGUUCCACACCAUGAUAGUUGACGUACCUGGAAGUAAUCCUUCCCAUCCAGCAGUCCAUCACCACAGACAUUCCACGUCUUUUGACACGUGGCAAACGAGACGGGUAUCUCGAACUGCCGAUCUGUCGAUUAUUUUAAACACCAGUCUACAAACCCCGACCAAUUUCCACCAGCUAAAUUUCGUUCCAUCUCAAUUGCAGUCUCCUGAACGCAGUAUGAAGUUCGACACAUUUUGUCCAAUGUGCUUAAUGGUGAGUUUUCAGUUAUUACAUACGAUACGCUACCUCUCACAUUGAAGCAAAUAUUUAUUUAACCUUUUAGCUA